AAUUGGACCGAUUCAGCAAGACCAUCGUUCGUUACAUUCUCAUUCGAAUCCGAAACAGAGGAAAACUAAAGAAGCCAUGGGAGACAUAGCCGAAGCCGAAGAAGCUCUCCAGGUUAAUCGCCGGGGCUCCCUCGCUCCAACCCUAAUCUUCGCCAUCGUCAUCGCUUUCCAAUUCCUUUCAAGGUGGCUCGAACACUUGAAGAAGAAAGGAUCGAAGAGUGCGACGGAGAUCCAGUUGCGUGAGGAGAUAAAGAAGCUUAUGAAGGAAGCCAGUAUUUUGUCACAGCCAGCUACGUUUGCACAGGCUGCCAAGCUUAGAAGAAUGGCUGUUGCAAAGGAGAAAGAGCUUAUGAAAUAUCAAGAAUCACAUAAAAAUGAGCAGAAAGUAUCUUGUGAAUUGUAUUCGAAAGUCUUCUUCUUCGUAAAGAUGUUAACUUAUCUUGUGCUGGUAUGCUGGUUUUGGAGGGUCCCUGUCGCCACCAUAUCCGAGCAGCUUGUCCAACCCUUCGGCAAGGUUUUAUCAUGGAAGGGUGGUGGAAUUUUGAAUGACAAUGUCAUGGUAGGAAUCAUACCCUGGUUAAUAUUAUCAACAAGGGUUAGCAAAUUCAUUUGUAAACUUUUUAAAUUUUAAGAUGAAGUGAUUAAUAUACUCUCUCUAAUUAAAAGCAUGGCUAUGUUUUUUUCUUUUAUUUUAUUUUUUUUUUUCCCUUUUUUCGAUUACAAAUUAGGGAGUUUUUGUCUAAUGCUUCAUAUUAUUUAUCGGAUUGUAAUUGUAUCAUGUAUAUGUAAAGUAGCUUUUUUGUGAAGCUUGAUAGAAAAAUGCUAUAAAUGAGUAUCGUUAAUUGAUGACCA